GGAGACGUUGGCGUGCACAAACGCUCUUUUGACAACGCGCGUUUCACCUUUUAUGAUGUUGGCUUGGGUGCUUGUGGGCAGUAUAGCUCUCCGGGUGAUUUCGUAUAUCGUCGCCCUCAACGUCCUCCAAUUGGCGCUGGUUUUCCGGGCCCAGAGUGCUUCAAGUCCAUAACCAUUACCUAUGGAGGAAAAACUGCCCAGGCUACCAUCAUGGAUGAAUGCAUGGGGUGCCCGUACGGCGGGCUUGACUUCUCUGAUGGUCUUUUCAAUUACUUCGCUUCCGCAGCUGAUGGCGUCGUUUACGGAUCAUGGUGGUUUAAUGAUGGCACCAACAACCCUACAACAUCCUCUAGUUCCCAAUGG